UUCUUUUUCCGACCUCUGAUCAAGAAAAAUCAUGGGUGGAGGCAACGGUCAGAAAGCCAAGAUGGCUCGCGAGAAAAAUCUCGAGAAGUCGAAAGCUUCCAAAGGAAGUCAGCACGACACGAACAAAAAAGCAACGAGUAUCCAGUGCAAGGUGUGUAUGCAGACAUUUAUGUGCACGACAUCAGAGGUGAAGUGCAAGGAACAUGCUGAAGCUAAACAUCCAAAAUCUGAUCUUUAUGCCUGUUUUCCUCAUCUCAAAAAGUGAGCUGUUUAAUUAGGUGUCAAACA